AUGUCGGCGUCAUCGCCGUGGCUCUCUGCGCCAUCGUCAUCCGCCCGUCCUAGUGCAAUCGCAGCCGAGGCCAACGACAUGGACCCAUGGGCAGCCUCCAACACCACCAUCAUCGAUUCGGACUACCUGGGCCCCUCAGCCCCUUCAUCACUGCACCCACAGCUGCGCAGUCGGAAGUCAAACUUAGCCACGAAUGCGCAGGUGGUCGAUCGACAUCCCUUGCGUUCACCUUCACCCUCUCACACUUCUUUCGCUGCUACACCCUCUAAUCAAACCCGUCCUGAGGCGGACUCUAGGAAACCGUCUGCGGUCGCAUCUGAAUGGAAAGCCAUCAGCGCUGGGCUUGCUGGUCUGUUUGGAGGAUCGCCAUCUAACACAGGUUCGUCUAGCUACCAGUGGCCUGCAGAUCCGUCUUCUCACGCUCAAGUUGCAUCACACUCGGUAAGGCUGAUCCCCACAGACGAUGAUAACGACGAUGAGGCCAAGAAAGGCCGUCCCAUCAACACGGUCGAAACCACACUAGAUCGCUUGGAGGAUUGGUUUGGACUGAAACAGCAGCACCACCAACACCCUCAGUCCUCAACACAGCCACAUCGUACCGCUUCAUCAUCCACACCCAGCUCACGUCAUGACGACCAUGUGCGCGUCCUCAUUCAUCCCGUCGCACCAACAGAUACGCUCUCUUCUUUGGCACUUCACUACGGCGCCGAUAUCCAGGUGCUUCGCAAGUCCAACAAGCUGUGGCCAGGCGAUCCAGUUCAGAUCCGUAAAGUCAUCUACAUUCCCGUCGACAGUUGCAAACAUCGCCCCCCAAAUGCAGAGAUCAAAGUGGUUCCCAUCAGAGAAGGCUACGUCUCGUCCUCGGGAGCCGCGACGGACCCCAGUCCGAUUUCCAACACGCUCAUCUUUGUCUCGAAAUCAGAACAGGAGGAUUUACUCACCGGAACGCCUACCGCAGAAAUCCCACAGCCCGACCUUAUCGCCGAUAGUCUGGCUGCCAUGCGCGUCUCGGAUCCAGUCAAUGACUUUAUGCCCGAUACCAACCAGGCCUACACCAACUCAGCCGCACCCACGUUCGGCACUUCGCUCACCAGAAGUGGCUCCAUUAAUGGGCAUAAGCAACCCUACCCGGCCAGCCUGACUCCCGCGCUGCGCACUCUGAACCAGCAGACGCAUGCUUCCACCUCGAUUGCCACGAAGCCUGCAAGCAGCGUUGGAGGAGAGUCCAACACACCCAGCGUGGCUGCCUCGGCUUCGGCUGCCAGUUCAGGCUUUGUGCCGCCACGCCAGCCUCUGCAUGUAGCCAAAGUGCCCGCCGAUCAGCUGCGGUUCUUUGCCAGCGAUGCCAAAGCUUGCACCUCCAGCAGUCGAAAGCCUGGUCCCGGUGACGCCGAGUAUCGCCCUGGCGAAAGCGGGAUUGACGAUCUCUUGGCACUUGCGUCCGGCUCUCCACACCAGCACCCGCAGGACGCUUCGGCUGUGCGGCCCGCGCGCCGCGACUUGAGCCGUCAGACUUCGAUCAGCAACAUCUCGGGCUUGAGCCUGCGCGACGUCGAUGACGAUGAACACGACGAGUGGAAACCCAAUACAUGGCAUUUUGGCGCCGGAAGCGCCAGUUCGGGCAUCAAGCCGACGCACAAGAACAGCAGCACCAGCAGUGGUAGCAGCAGCACGAUGACGUCCGAUUCGCUGCACGACUCUGGUGCGGGCAGCCAGUACACGGGCUGGAACGAUGCUCCUCCACCCAACGCCAUCGUGGCCAAGGCAUACGAUGGCGGCAAGGCGUACCAGAAGCGUCAGGCGCAGAAAUCGCACCGGUUGCUAUACGACUUGGCGGCAGGUCUACCUGCCAACACGGGCGCAGCGAGUAAAUGGGCGAGACCAAUUCAGUUUGGCGAUUCGCUGCCCAGCGCUCCUGCAGGCGUUGGUGGAGGUGGUGGUUUUGCGGUGUCUAGGAAAAGCAGCGCCAAGGGCGGGUUUGGCAAGCUUCUCGACGACACCGUGCGCGGUAGGAUCAGUGUCGAGGCGGCGCUGGAGGGUGCAUUGGAGGGAGUUCGAGGCAAGUCGUCGUCAACUCUGCCGCAGACGAGAACUCCAGGUGCACCUCGGCAACCGCGCACGCAACCGCUCGCUGCGGGAGCACUCGCUCCUCCGCCACCAACGCCGCGUACUGCGCACACUGCUCCAGUGACGACCAUCGAUCCGCUCUGCUCCUCGCCCGUCAACACACUGCGGUCGACCUCGUCCGGACUGGAACAGCGCAGAAGGGUCGACUGGGCCAAAGGCAAGCACGACUAG